CGGCUCCAUCCCAAGCCACUACUCCCCCAGCGAAGUCUGUGCUGGGGAGGGACCUUCAUCAACCCCUCUGUGCUCAGCCCCAGGAGGACUUUCUUAGUGGCUGGCACCAGCCCCCCAGGGCAGCCCCGGGCUCUGCCAACAGCAGCUCUUGAGCUGGAGACUCCAGCAGGUGACAGGAUGGCGAGUGAGACAGAGGGGGAGAAUCCCCAGCUGGAGGGUCCCGAGCACAUGCAACCACACGGGAUGGUAUCUGGAAGAGCUGAAGGGGACAUUUUCCCUGAGAAAGCAGAAGGCUGUGAGAGUCAGCAAGGCCAAGAGAUGCAGCAAGGAAACCAAGCAGGGACAAAAGAAGAAAAGAAUCGCACACCCAUUGUUUCUGGGAAGAACAGUAGUCCGAGCUCAGACCUCACAGGUCACCAGAGAGGUGAUGCAGGAGAGAGACCUUAUAUAUGCCCCGACUGUGGGAAAAGCUUCACCCAGAAAUCAGCCCUUGUGCGACAUCAAAGACUCCACACAGGAGAGAAACCCUACAGCUGUCGCAAUUGUGGGAAGAGCUUUAGCGUGAGCUCCCACCUUGUCACCCAUCAGAGGCUGCACACAGGGGAGAGACCCUACACCUGCCCUGACUGCGGGAAGAGCUUCAGUGAGAGCUCCAACUUCAUUCACCACCGGAGAACCCACACAGGAGAGAAGCCCUACCGAUGUCCCGAGUGCGGGAAGAGCUUCGGUAACAACUCGGACCUCACCCGGCAUCACCGAAUCCAUACAGGGGAGAGACCUUAUGAGUGCCCCGACUGUGGGAAAAGCUUCAGUGUGAGAUCACACCUCGUGAGACACCAGCGAGUGCAUCCAAAGGAGACCUCAAGGGAAGGUGGGGACAACUCAACCCUUAUGGCUCCUGAGGGACCCCACUUGGAGGAGAGACCCCACAAAUGCCUUGACUGUGGGAGGAGCUUUGGAGACAGCAGAGGCCUCCUCACCCAUCAGCGGAUCCACCUGGAGGUGAGACCUUGCGUGCGCUCAGAGUGUGGGGAGAGCUUUGGCGUGAGCUCAGCUCUUCUUGCACACCGGAGAAUCCACACUGACAAGAAACCCCACAUAUGCCGCGACUGCGGGAAAUGCUUCAUUCGGGACUCAGAUCUGAUGAUCCAGCAGAGUGUCCACGCAGAAGAGAAGCCCUAUAAAUGUGAUGAGUGUGAUAAAUGCUUCACCCACAGAUCAAACCUCCUUGCACAUCUCAAACACCACACGGGAAACAAGCCCCAUCAGUGCGAGGCCUGCGGGAAAAGCUUUGUGAAACGGUCUGUCCUCAUCAGGCAUCAGAGGACCCACACGGAAGGGAAACCCUUCAGAUGUUCCUUGUGUGGCAAGGGCUUCACUCAGACCUCGAGUCUGAUGAGACACGAAAAAGUCCAUGAGGCAGAAAGACUCUCCAAGCCCCCUGAGUGGUUGGCGGAGAUGAACAACACAUUCAUCGACUCCCGCGGGCGUGCGUGGAACUGGGUGCAGGAAUACCCAGCCGCCCAUCUCUGGGCUGGGGAGACAGCAAUCAAAAACCCCAAACUGAUCCCAGAUGCUCUGUCUAAGCCAGGUCUAGCAAACUCCAAGCAGAACAGCUGGAGCAUCGGUCAGCCCCUCCUAGAUUCAACCCUAGGUCCUCUCCCUUCUGCUGGGACAUUGAAGAGGGGAGAGAAUAAAGAAAAGCCAAGUGUUGACUGAAAUAAAUCCCUCCUGUUCCUCUAACCAUUUCCCUGGGCUGCUACCCACGAGGCAUUAAUGCUGGGAUUUUCUGUGGAGUCUCAGGAAGCUGGGGGUGAUGAGAAGUGUAUGUCAGGUAUUCAGGUGCAAGGGCUGUGGAGCAUUUUAGACACCAGGGAUGCCCAGUGAUUUUAUGAGCCAAUCCUUAUACUUCUGAUGACUGCUGUCCUCUCACUCAGGGUCUUGACAUCAUGUGAAGGGGCAGGGACAGCAGCAGCAGGGAGAUCUGCUCCCUGUCCCUUUGUCUCAUCCAUCCUCAUCCUCCUCUUUGUUUCCCUGCCCAGUCUCUGGACCAGGCCUUCUGUUUUUCUGCAGCAUUCCCUUCUGUGCAGCAGCACACAACAAUGACCUCCCACAGCUGUCACUCCCAGGCCUUUUCCCCUCAUUUCCUCUGCUAAAACCAUCCAUACCAACACAGCCAAUGCUGGCAGGUGUAGUGGGACUGCCAGUCAUAAAACAGAAUUAACCGGGGUUGGGAGAGUUCAGAUCGCAUAUGGCCUUUGUCUCAUGCUCGCUCCAAGCUCAGGAAGAUGAUGCUGACACAUGGGCUUUGCAUUUGGAUGGUCUCCUUCAUAACAAUGAGGAUUUUUUUUUUCAUUUUUCAAAUAAAAGCUCAGAUUCAGCAGAAUCUAUAAGCUCUAGUAGGCCACACAAAUACCUCAAGCAAGCUAGAUCAUUGAUAAUGCUCUCUUACUACAGUGGUGGUCAACAGGGAAAUACUUUAGGUGACUGACAGUGAUAUUAUAUCUCAAAAACAGAUAUAUAGGGAAGCAGAUCCAUUGCAUCAUUCUGUUCCUCUUCCAGAGACCAAUACAAGUCUUUCUAAUGCUUAUUGGAAAGACUGGAUGUACAUUAUAACUAUAACGUAAUUUAACAAGACCCUGUGGUCCUGCAGUGAGUUUGAAUGAGGAUUUUUCAUUAAAAUUGAAACUUUCUUCUAGGGGCAACAGUUGGAAAGGUCCUGAUUAAUUCAGUAGCAGAAAGCUCUUUGCAGUUGGCAGAAGUUCAUCAAUUUGAUAUUUUUCAUUUUAAAUUACGUGUAUCAGCUUUGAGCGCCCCAAGGGGAAAAGUCAUACAUUGAAAUAAAAUAACUGGGUAAAGGCUGAAAUGCUGACAGAGCUCCUGAAGGUGUGAUUAAGAAAAGCGGAGAGAAUGAUACAGAAGUAUGUAUGUGCAUGCAUAUUCCUGUAGAUGGGUGACAAAAACAGAACCUCAGUUGAUAUCGGCAAUGCAGCGGGGAUAAAAAUAACAUACUUAAUUAAAACAACAACAAAUGACACAAUAAUCUUUCCCUAAUAAUAGUACCAGGAGACUAGUAACAUACCACUUGGUAGCUCUGCACGAGUGUUGUGUAGUUGGGAAUGAGGGUUUGAAGUGGCUGUUUUGGAUGAUUCCUUAGGUUAGUGAUUGCCUGAGAAUGCAGGGUCUGGACUCAGUAGCCCAGGAGGCCCUUUGCAUUCAGUGAAAUGCAUAAAGCCCAGGGUUCCCAACCGUGUAAGGCGCAGUGCCUGCCUAUCUCGACCACAGAGCUAGGCCCCUGCUUGCUUGCUGCCCUUGUUGCAUUACUCUAUCCUUGUCCCUUCCUGUGGGCCAGUCUCAAGAGGUGAGGGGGAGGUGAGAGUUGUACACAGCCCUGUCUGCCCCAUAGCUUGGAAGUUAGGGUGCUCUUAGUUUAGAGGAGAUGUGCAUUCAAAUCCCUGAUGCUGAGGCCUAGCAUCCAAGUCUCAUAUGUUCUGGGUGGGUGGUCUUAUACCUGGGCUAUUCGUGAUAGAAGGAACGAUCAUUUUUAUGCUGUCCAUGCACGUGUCCAUUUGCUAUGUCCAGAGAAUUUUAAAGGCAAUCAGGACUCGUAGUAGAGAUGAUACCUUGUAUUAGACCAACAAGAUUUUUUGCAAAAAAAAAAAAUUUAAUUGCAAGCUUUCAGACACAAACACCCUUCAUCAGGCAUUGGAGAAAAGAUUGUAAAAGUUCUCCUGGGUAGAAAUGAAAGUUCAUAUUUCAUAGGAUUUCACAGAGGAGUCAAUUAAUUUUAAGAGAGAAUUUUAACACACUUACACCUUUUGUAAGUCAGGGGGAAGCAGGAUUCUGAGCAGAUGGAGGCAUCUUACCACAGGUUAAAAUUUCCUAUUGGAGUGAAUCGAGAUCCAGGCACUUUCUAUGGAACCAAGGAGGCAUCUUCUUCCAGAGAAAUAGAUAGGAGAGCCAUGUGCCCCUACAAGGUGAAGCAGAAAUCACCUCUGGGGGUGCACGUGCUGUGCUCCUGCUCCCCACUGCAGACAGUUUAUUGCUAGAGUAAGUGGUGGGCAGCAGGUGAGUCUUGGAGCAGAACAAUGUAGGGGUUCCCUAAAUUGGUUCUGCUCUCAGCAGCUUUUGUAGAAGGUGCAUUGUUCACAUCAGUUGCAAUUGGGUGGAGCUUCUGCAAUUUUUUCCCCUAGCUAUAACAUUUCUGGACUAGUGACAGGCAUUUCAAAAGAAUUUUAAAAAAUGCACCUGCAUCCUUAGAUUUUUCCUUACAGGCAUGCCCAAGAAAACAACACUAAUUAAAUUGAGGGAGGACAAUGCCAGUGAGCAGCAGUAGCAGCUAUGGGAAUAUAAUCACAAUGCAUGCUUCUUGCCAUUUUUUAUGGCCCAGAGCUGCUAGAGGGAGAGCAGGACAGAGAGCCAGUGUGUUACACAGCUGUGAACAGCAGCAGUCUGAGCCUGUUUGGCUGUAGGGUAGAGACUUCCCCAGCUUCUGUGCACCAUCUUGGCUGAAAGAUCGAGAUGUCACAGGGCUGUAUUAGGCUGUCUUUGUCACAGGACUAUGAUUAUGCUAUAUUGGUGCAAUGACUUCACGGCUUUGGAGCUCAACCCUGCAAUGAGAGUUAUGACUUCACUGCUUCAUGGUUCAGCAUGUAUAGUCAGGCCAGUGAGAGAUAAUCACAGCUGGUUAAUAAUCUGAAAUGAUCAGAAAUAAUCUGAGCUGGUUAAUCAGUUUUACAAUACCAACAAGAUACAGAACAAAUAUUGGCAACAACUUAGUGGUAAUUUUUGAUCAUUAGCUAAGGAAGUGUUAGUGUCAUUGUGAUACAUCCCCAAGCAUUCUCCUCUGACCUCUUCAGUACCAUUCACAAUCAUUUCCUGGCCUCAGAGUUUCUUGGCUAUUUCAAAAUGAAUUUGCAACCCUUUAAAUAGACCAUCCUGCUCCAGUACUAGGAGUUGGAUCUUUAAAAGUUAUAAUAUGCAGGAAGGAAACUUCUUGAUUAGGAAGAAAUGGCAUUUCUAUAUUAAAAGUCUCUAGAGCGGGGCAUAACCCCUUAGUCCCUUGAGUAAUUGUUUUUUUCAAAUAUAAAAUAGUGAAAAGGCAGUUCUUAAUCAUGCAUGACGUGACCCUCUCAAUAUUUAAUGUUACAUCCCCAAAUGCAGCCUAGCUCUAUUGUUAUUCCCAGAGACAAAUGAAUCAUGCAACAGCAAAAUAUUGUUGCAAAGGACCUGAUUUAUUGUGACAGCACCCUGUCAAAUACUUUGAAUACUGCAUUAGAAUACUGUGCUCUGCAUGCAGUCUUUCCAGUUUGAAUUCCCUUGUUUUUCCCUAUUGGUGACAUUACCAGGCCUCCAUCAUUUCUCUCAGACACUGUGAGUCUUGUUAUCUCAGAUGGAAAACAUCUCUUUGCUGAUUCAGCUCCUAGAACCAGCUCUUUUGGUUGAGUAGCUUGUGUGCAAAGCUGGCCCACAGGACAACAAGUAGCUAUGCAGGGUUCUGGGCAUCAUAAAAUAAAACAAGAUCUUGAGCAAGGCAGUUACCAGGGUCUCUUUCAGGCUGGAGUUUAUGCCUCUUCUUUCUCCUUUCCUGUUCUUCCUCUUCUCUUAGCCAGCUUGUACCCAGGGGGAAGGGGAGAGAUGUCCCUUACGGAGCGCUCCCAAAGAUGGCAGUGACAAUGAGCUUGGCCAGUUCCUCAGGCACCACCAGCUCCAAGGGCAGCUCAAAUCUUUGUAGACCUGAUGGCAGGGAGCUGUUUCUUCAUUCUCAGCUGCUCAACUUUUGUGGACACCCAGCUGUAGAGGCCACUCACAGAGGACUUUAUCAGCUUUCUGGCCUUAUCUGACACAUGCACUUGGUCCUGGUGCAGCUGUUGCAGCAUCUUGCAGGCGUACAAGGAUUGGGAAUGCUGAAUAACGAGGCUGCUGGUUUCUGGCUCCUUCAUCUCCUGAUGCCCUGGCUGGGGUUGGAGUGUCCUUCCUUAGGGUUUGGCUGGACCUUAUCACACAGAGGCGACUUCUUCCUCAAAGCCUACAUGGCCUGCUUCUUAUGUGCCUAUGCAGCAGCAGCUGGGGGCUGUAGGGGGACUUGGGAUCCACAAAGAACAGCCUGCUACCUUUGCCGAAGCAGUGGGAGCUGAUAGGAACCAGGAAAGAAAGAGCACCUCCAGGAAGGCCUGAAGACUGCAUCAGAAGGUCUCUAAAUUAAAAGACACUCAGGGUCAAUGGACACUGGGUCCUAGGCUGGGGCUGCCCAGAGCCCUGAAUGACACUACUGAGGCACAUCUCUCUGCUGGUUUAUUCACUGUAGACCAGUGGUUCUCAAGCUUUUUAGACUCAAAAGUCUAAAAAGGUUGAGAACGCCAGCUCUUAGCCAUCACUCUUUUUUUGACUGCAGAAAAAUAAUGGGGCAAUUCCUGUGUUGCAAAGAACUCAACAAAGACCAGAACUGGGGAGACGGUUUUGGAGGCCGAGGAUUCCCAUUUGAAAUCUCUGGAUUUCUCCUGUGAAGCACAUGUCGGUGUUUGCACAGUGCUAAUACUGCACGGCACCCCGCAGCACCCUUAGAAGGAUCUUGCAGCACCUCAAGAUGUCACAGCACCCUGGGUGAGAAUCACUGCUGCAGCAUUUCCCUCUGCUCAGGAAGGUGAUGGAGGUCUGGGCUGGACCUCCCCUGAGCUGUGUGUGUGUCCUGAGGCAAGCUCAAGGAGGGAAUUUUCCUUUCCUGGAGCCGCCAGAGGGCUCUGGCUACUACUAAGUCCCUCUCCCUCUCCCUUUUUCUCUGCUCCAGUGUAUGAGCUUCCUAGGUCAGAUGCAGCUAAUGUAUCCAGCUGGAGUUGAGCAGCUGCUGCUCCAGACUGGUGGUGUCUGUGCUGGAGAGAGACCUUUAUCCAAGCCCCUCAGUGCCCAGCUCAGAGAUGGAUUACCUUCUGUGGGUGGAACAAGCCCCCAGGGCAGCCCCGGGCUCUGCUGACACCAGCUCCUGAGCCGGAGACUCCAGGGUAUGUGAAGAAAGUGCCUACCACUUCUCAGAGGAUGCUAACACAGAUGCCAGGGACAGUCCUUCAAAUAUCAAUCUUACAAACAUUAUGGAUUCUUUGAUUCUGAACUUUUCCAGAGUUUUCCAGAGUUUGUCUCAAAAUUCACCCAAGGAACCUUGUCUGUCUCAAAAGAAAGGCAUUGAAAAAUAUACAGCAGAUGUAAGUCAGAGCAGAGAAUAACUUCCAUGUUUCACUCCAGAGCCACUUCAUAGAACGGGGAAAGAAAUGGCUACAUCUGCGGUUAUGACCUUCGAGGAGGUGGCUGUGUAUUUCACCACGGAAGAAUGGGCUCUGCUGGACCCCAGCCAGAGAGCCCUCUAUAGUGCCGUCAUGCAGGAGAAUUAUGAGACGGUGGCCUCACUCGGAUUUCCAAUUCCCAGACUGGAUGUGGUCUCCCAGAUGGAAGAAGGGGAAGAGCCAUGGGUCCUGGAUCUGCAAUACUCCACAGAGAGUGAGAUGCUGAGGAGCAUCCUCAUGGUAGGUGAAGGGGUGGUGGACAAGAAUGAGGAAGCGAUGCUUCAGGAGGAAGGUCCUGAGCAAGCUGAACCAUGCGGGAAGUCAUCAGUGCAAUCCAAAGGGAAUGCUUCCCUCAAUCUAUGUACAGACUUCAAGCAGGGAAACCCCUUAGUGGACACUUGCGGUAUCUCUCCUUGCUGUGGUGAUGAUAGUGAGGACUUCAAAGACAUUUUGAUCCCACCAAGACUCCAUGCACGUGAAGACAAAUACAAGUGUACAGAGUGCGGCAGGGGCUUCACCCGGAGCUCAGACCUGCUGGUGCACCAGAGAACCCACACAGGGGAGAGACCCUUUGUGUGUCCUGACUGUGGGCAGAGCUUCAGCCACAGGUCAAACUUCCUGAGACACCAGAGAAGCCACGUGGGGGAGAAGCCCUUCACAUGUCCCGAUUGCAGGAAGAGCUUCAUGGGCACUUCUGACCUCCUCAUACACCAGAGAACCCACACGGGGGAGAGGCCUUACACCUGCCCCGAAUGCGGCCGCAGCUUCAGUCACAGGUCCAACUUCCUGAGGCACCAGCGAAGCCACACAGGGGAGAAGCCCUUUUUAUGUCCUGACUGUGGGAAGAGCUUCAUGGGCACCUCCGACAUCAAGAGGCACCAGAGAACCCACACAGGAGAGAAACCGUACAGCUGCCCCGAGUGUGGACAAAGCUUUAGUCGGAGCUCAAACUUCAUCAGGCACAAGCGAACACACACGGGGGAGAAGCCCUUUCUGUGCCCAGACUGUGGGAAGAGCUUCCGUGAGAGGUCGGACUUCUACCGGCAUCACCGCAUCCACAUGGGAGACCGGCCCUACCCCUGCCUUGACUGUGGGAAAAGCUUUGCUGUAAACUCAGACCUGGCCAGACACAAGAGAGUCCACAUGGGGGAGAAGCCCUAUCAAUGCCAAGAGUGUGGGAAGAGCUUCAGACGCAGCUGCCACCUCAUUGCACACCAAAGAGCCUACCUCACCCUGACAAGUACCAAGGGAAGGGAAAAACACAAUUACUGACCCUCUCCUGUGCCUUUGUUAGUCAACUUCUGAUUACCCAGUGCUCAUGUCUGGGGUUGAAGAGCAACAGCAGAUGCCGUUAAUCUCAUUGGUGACCCCUGGCUCGGCUUUCUCUAGGAAACCUCAGGCAGAGAAGAAGCCCAGAAGCGUCUCCACCUUACUUCUGUGCCUGCAUGCCUCACACCAAAUUGUUAGAAGGGAGAAGGCACAUUCAAAGUCCCCGAUACCCCUGUGAUUUCCUCUCUUUGGACUGAAAUCCCCUCCCUUCCCAUGCAUCACUGACAGAUGCCUGGCCAGAGAGUCCCUAUGGAUCACUGACUUCCUGUAAUCCUCCUUGCAAAGUCAUAGAUGAUAUGCUGCAGGAUUUAUGUUGCAGUUGCUUGGAAAUCUUCAUAGGCUAGAACAAGCAAAAGCAGCCGUUGUGAGGAGGAAAAUACAGGAGGAGGGGAGCAGGUGCCACUCGCCCAUUAUGUCUGCUCCCGCAUUGCCACUAUUGCUGGAGUCUCUGGGGAGCAUCAUCUAUAACAGACUGGGUCUGGAGUCCCACGGCAGGAUGCUGGGCAUCGUCACUGGAGUCCAAGUUUCCCUGGACUGGUGUUUUCUGGACUCGGUAGAAGGGAAGGAUGAGCUGGACUGGGUCAAAUGGGGAUUUUCCGUCUGACUCUUGUGGUUCAGAGAGACUUCAAUCCAGAACAGAUAAAUGCUUAAAGAAACACUUCUGAAGGGCCUUGUCUCCAUCUGCUGAUUCUUUAUGUUCCCCCUCCAGUGCCCUGCAGCUAAAGGAUUCUUAGCUCAGGGCUUCAGAAAACUCGUUCCUACUGUACUCCUUCCUCUGUAAUGUAUUUCUAUAAAAUAGAAUCACAGUGGA